AUGUGCUCCGUAGUAGCAUCUUUCUUCUUCUCGUGGGCCAGGCCAGGCUCACGAAAUCCACAUGGUGCAAACUCGAGUUCCAUGCCUAGGUCCGGGAAAGCAAGGAACAGCGUUGCACAGCAGGCUGCAGGCGCACAAAUAAGGGAUAUGCUGCCGCUACCGACAUGUACACGGCGGGCGACGCAGACAAGAGACGCAGCGACAAGCGCAUCGCCUGCACCUGUGCGGUACACAAGACAGGCCAACAAGGGCCGCAACUACCUGCGUUGCUGCAUAUGGAGCUGCACUGCAUCGCACCGCACCGGCACCGCACCGGCGCCACCCACACGGGCAUUUUGCUGCAAUGCUACGGAGUCGCAGCGUGGCCCGAGUAAGCACGAGCACACUCUUGUGCGCAUCAGCAGCCCUCCCGAGUGCUACUACGACUACUAGAUCAAUAUGCA